GCUGCGCUUUAAACCACUUGUUGCUUGGAGAUCCUCUUGUCUUUUCUUUAUUUCUUCCAACACUUUGACAAGAGAGAAUGGCAGACUUUGAUAUUUGCAACGUUUAUGCCCAUCGACGUCCCGCCAAGCGAAAAACCACUGGAAAGAAGAAAUCAGGACAAAAGACUGAAAAAAUCGAAAAAACUGAAAAAGCUGAAAAGAUUGAAAAGCGCAAAAGUCAAUAUGAAGAAUUCCUUCAAACCCGUGCAAAAUUGGGCGUUGACGGAUCGCGAACAGACAGUGACGACAGCGAUUCUGAUGAUCAUAAGUCCUCCUCUAAAAAGAAACAAAAGUUGCUUUACAGUGAAUUGAAUAAGCGAUUGCAUUCACAACAGUCUCGCGACGACGAAGAAGACGAUGAGGACAGAAACGACGGCGAUUCGCUUGGACUGGAUAAUGAAAACGUAGAACCGAUAACAGACGACAUGUCGUUUGAAGUUGAUACUUGUGAUAACAGAGUGCAAAGUUCAUGCAUUGAACUCUCGGACGAUGAUGGUGCUGACGACGGAAGCGGCGAUCUAUCAGCAUCAUUCGAAAGCCUUUCAUCUUUAUCGCCAACAAUGCCAAGAUUCGAUCAUAUACAAGUACUACAGGAACAAAUCCGUCGCCAAGAGAAGCCACGCGCACGACCACCACCGCCCGUUAUACCCACACUUGAAGAAAUGGCCGACCUUGAUCCUGAUCUGGUGAAACUUGCUGCUGCCUCUUCCACACCCGAUUCUGCUGAUGCUGGCUCUAGCAGUGCUGCUGAUGAAAGUUUAAAAGCGGAAAAAGUGUGCAUAAAGGUCGAGUUUGUCAACCUCAAGGAACUCACGGGUGAAGCUAUGCUCAAAGCAAUUGAAAGAUUAUGUCAGCCCAUCAAAGUGAUUCUUCUGGAGAGCGAUCCUUUCGAGAAGCUGCUUCAGUACUUUUGCAAGACAAAGUUUCUGAAGCAGAGCGAGAUCAUAUUAGUAUACAAUGGUAUUCCUGUCAUGCUACGUGCUACUCCAUCCAGUCUUAAGAUGAUCCCCGGUAUCAAGUCUAAAAAUCUCAUGAAGGCAUAUCUCAAAGACGAUUAUGAGAAGUAUGAACAAGAGAGAACUGAACAGUUGAAACGAAAGCUUCAACAGACGCCAUUUGAUGAAAACUUCAUCGAAAGUCUGGAACAGACCACCGAAGUUGCUAAAGAUGACCCAGCCAUGCAUAUCAAGAUACGGGGUAAAAAUAAUGAGGAUACCAAUAUGCGCGUUAAACAGACAACUUUAUUACGGACCAUUGUGCAACGAUACGCUGAACUCAAGGGACUGGAAAGCAAUGCAGUAGGCAGGGUUCGAUUGUCUUUCGAUGGCGAGGAUCUAUCGCUUGACGAUACUAUAGGUGAUACGGAACUUGAGGACGAGGAUGUGGUGGAAGUGGUCAUCUCAUAACAAUAGAUCAAUAACAGUAGCAAUAGUAGUAUCUCUCACUGUCUUUCUCUCUAACGCGCAAACACACAUUACAUACUGGCCACAUAUCACACAUCAAAUAUUUUACAUACCGAACUGUUGUCCGCCAUCUCUUUCUAUUCCUUUCACUAACCUUACUCGCACACUCACUUCUCUUCCAACUCUUUUCUCAUUCCGUCAUCUUUGAGACAGUAACAUCGUCGCCCUGCUGUGAAUUUCAAAAUUUUCAUUUCACUCCUCCCCUGUAUAGUUUUUUACUCUGUCCUGAUAAAUUCCACUGCAUUUGAAUUCUUUAUAAAUAUCACUGUCAUUCACUUUAAAUAUUAUUUUAAAUAAAUGUUUUU